AUGACGAAUCAGGUCAUUAAGAGGCGUUUCAAGGGUCUGCAUCAAAUCACUGAGCUGAAAACGGUGGAGAUUGUGGAUGAGUACGAACCGUUGGAGGAAGGAUUGGACAAGGUCACAGAUGUCCGAAACGUCUCCGUGGUGGAGAUCAAGUUGUCGAAGGAGCCCCUGGAUUCCAGCGACAAGGGCUACCAGCCUCCCAUCGAUGAAUCCUUGGUGAAAGAGUUUGAUCCCGAGGACAUGAUGAGAGGCAGGGGCCGAGGAGGAGGCACUUCGAAAGGCCGCGGCAAGGGUUCUACUGGUCGCGGGCGAGGGAAGGGCAAAGGCCGCGGCAAGGAAAGAGCAAAGGCAAAGGCAAGAGUUCCAAGGGUAAGUAUGAAGAUGACUACGCUUCACCCUCGAAGGGCAAGGGAAAAGGAAAGAGCAAGGGAAAGAGCAAGAGCAAAAGCAAGUAUGAUGACUACGAUGAGCCCAAG